GCCUAACUACAGAACCUUCCAGGGAGGCAGCAGCCUGUAAGAAAAUCACAGCCUUGAGGAUUUCCAGUUGUAUUAUCGAAUUUUGAAGGUCAACAACAGUAGGAACUUGCUUGCUUCCAUUUUCUUUCUCUUUCUCUCUCUCCCUCCAUCUCUCGACGUCCAUGGGGGGGCAUCUUCUCAUCUUAGUCUUAGUUUCGUGUUUGAGAUUGAAAAGUCUUCUAAAACUUCCACAGAACUGAUUCAUUCCCCUCUGACCUUGCCUUUCUUUUCUUCUUCUCUCUUUUUUUCCCUCUCAAAUUUGCUAAUUUCUUCUAUAUUCUCUCUUCAAACCUAGCUUGAUUAGCUCUACCUAGAUUUACUAAGAAACAAACAACUUCUCCCACUGCCCUUCAAAGUAGUGGUUGGUGAUUCUUGUUUGUUAAUUUGUUUUGUUUUCAUCUUCUUCAUCUCAGUAGACCACUAUACUCUCUUUCCUUGAUUUUUCUUUCCCUUAUCUUUAUAUCAUCUUGGACUGUCUCUAGAUCCAUUUUUCCGCAGAGGAAAAUCAUAUUUUUGUCAAUUAAUCAUGGAUUUUGGGUCAAACAAAGAAGGGUUUGCUGAAGAAGAUCAGAUUCAGAUGGGUAAAGCAGCUAAACUUCAGUUCUCAUACUCUUCUUCUUCCUCUCCAUCAUCUUCAUCUUCUCACCAUCACUACAGAACCCAGCAGCUUCCUCUUAGCAGCAGCAGCAAAAGUAGAUGGGAAGCUCACCACCAAAUGGGUUCUUGGUUGGGCCCAUCCGAUCAAGAAGAAGCCGUAUCUGCAAAGCUUGAUCUCAUGGAAACAUCGCAAACAAACACGGAUGAAGAUGUGAGAAAUAGUGCAAGUGUUAGCAUCGAGAAGGAGCACAUGUUCGAUAAAGUUGUCACUCCAAGUGAUGUGGGUAAGCUAAAUCGUUUAGUCAUCCCAAAACAACAUGCUGAAAAGUAUUUUCCUUUGGAUUCCUCCACAAAUGAGAAGGGUUUACUCUUGAAUUUCGAGGAUCGAAAUGGAAAACCAUGGAGAUUUCGCUACUCUUACUGGAACAGCAGCCAAAGCUACGUUAUGACAAAAGGUUGGAGCCGUUUUGUGAAGGAUAAAAAACUUGAUGCCGGAGAUAUAGUGUCGUUUCAACGCGGCGUUGGCGAGUUGGGUAAAGACCGUCUUUAUAUUGACUGGAGGCGAAGACCAGAUGCGGGGGCUGAACCGCCACCUACGUUUCCUCUUCAACACCACCACCAUCACUUGUCAUUUCACCGCUCUAUUCCUUGGAGCCCUUUACUAAUGAGGCCUCCAGUCCCUGGGAUGCCAAGGGACCACUCAAACUUGCCACAAAUCAAUAAUUACUUCAAUCGGAAUUCUUAUUAUAAUGGUGGUUAUGGCAGUGGUAAUGUUGCAAACACAUGUUCAAUGGGGUCAAUUCUCUACUUGAGAUCCCAACCAGCUCUUGUAAACCCACAAUUACACAUGGGAAAGGUGGAGUGGCAACAACAGCAUGAUAAAAUGGUGUUUGAUUCGGUGCCGGUGGUCCAAGGGAAGGCGGCAGCCAAGAGGUUGAGACUCUUUGGGGUAAACAUGGAGUGUCCCUUGACGGAGGCAGAUGAGUGUGACAUAUUGUCUUCAACCGCAAUGACAAUUCAGAAGUCUUCUUCAUCAUCACAAUCUUCUCCCCAAUUAAGGCUUUACAAAGGCACCCCAAUUCAAACAGCACCCAGCUUGCCAGCAGCUCCUAUAGACUUUCUCAACAAGGGGAAAGCCUCCAUGUCUUUUGAUUCUACAUCUUCAAUCUAAUACAACAUCUCUUCGAGAUGAAGAAGGGAAUGGCCAAAACACUUAUCUAUACUUAAAUUCAAUAAAGAGAAUGAUCAAAGGGUGGUGGAACAAGCUGCUUUGGGGUUUGCCCAGAAACCAGAUAGACAUGAAAGAAGUUGUUGUUCUUGUCGCUGCUUCGUUAGGCACGCUCACAGAUUUUGCAGACAAAUUGCCAGAGCUUUAAAAGCAACAGAAUGUACUUACUGCAGACUUGCUGCUAAAACUUCAAACAUGCAUCAAUAUUUAUAUACAAAGUGCUAUUUAAUGAAGUCUGGCUACAAACAUAGUGGUUGGCAAGUACGGUUUCUGCUUAAAAACCAAGAACUCCCCGCAAGUUUCAAGAUCAUUGGCAUGGCUUUUCUUGUUUUAUAAUUAAAGCCAGAAGAGCCCGAAUUACGGGGCUGAUUAGCAACUUAGAAUGUGAUUACCAAAACUAUUUCAUUGAUGAAGCAGCACGAAUAGUUUAGCGUGGCUGAAUACCAUCAUUUCUUGUCUUCCCAAUUUCUAAUAUUCUGGGUUCAUAUAUUAAAGAUGUUCAUUUGAGAAAUUUACAGGUGCAUAUGUCAAAGAAAGAAAGACAGAAAGAAAAUGGGAAUGAUUUUGGUGAUUGCUGCAGGGAACAAAUGCUUAGAUAUUACUCUCUGAUCUCCCACGAAUAACUGUUGAAGAAGAAUUAACGUUAAGUUUGGCUUCAGAGUUUGUGUUUUUUGAGCAGAUUUGGCAUGGUUUGACCUGCUAUAAUUAAUAAUCAAAAAGAUGUAAUUAGAUGCAUGUCAAGGGUUUUCAUCUUCUUUACACUUUCUUAAUUACGUUGAAAAAAGGAAAGAAAGAAAGAAAAAUUGAAGCUAUGUAAACGAGGGGCAAGUAACUGAAGUAACAGAAAAAUAGAUAGAUACAUGAUUGAUUCGAUAGAGAAAUUUCUUUUUCGGUAACAAACUUUGAACUGGAUUGUUUCUUUGGGUUGAUCGGAUCACACGUUAAACUUCGAAUUCAAUAAUCAAACUCACAACUGUGACAUAUAGCCUAUUUUUUGAAGAGCAAAAAGUAUAGUUGUUGGAUGGUAUAGAAUGUGAAGUUUCGACCCUCCACUGUGAAUGUUAGAGCUACCAACUUGACCUCUUUCUCAUCUCUUGAUCUCACA